AUGUUGAAUUGCUUAUUUCAUCUUCAUCUUCUUCUUCUUCUUCAUCUAAGUUUACUUCUAUUAACGGUAGAUUCCUCCAUACAAAACAGUACUGAUGUCAAACAACAAUCAAUAAUCAGCAAAUUGAAAGAUAAUAAUGAUAAUAUUCAAAACAUAAUAAAAGAAUUUAGAAAUGCUGAAAAACAAAUCGAGAAGUUAACAGAUCAAUUGAAGAAGACUGAAGAUGUAUAUAAACAAGUGAAUAAAUAUGUGAAGUGUUUAAAUGAACAGUUAGAAGCCAAAAAUGAAUUAAACUUAUGGAAGACUGAAACAGAAAAACCGGAAGAUCAGUUGAAUAUAUCAACGACAACAACAACAACAACAACAACACUCACUCCAUCGACUAUAACCAAACAAAUAUUAAUACAAAAUGUAAAACCUACAAACAAAGUUAUCAAUGAUAAUGUUUCAAAUACAAAUCAAGAUAAUGAAGUAAAUACAGUAAAGAAUGAAACAAUCAAAAAUCAUACACAGUCUUCACUCUCUGAAAAUUCAUCAUUUGAAGGUUAUAUCUAUCUAAUCUAUUUGCUUAUUAGUAUAGUAUUAGCAAUAUUUAUUAUUGGAGCAGUCUAUUUCUUGUGUACAAAGUCAAAGACUAUUUCAUCUUGA